AUGAUUAUUAAAGAUUUUGUUGUGGAUAAAGAUACUGAUAUUCUUGCUUUGACGGAAACUUGGCUCCCUCCAAGUGGGAACGAUUUGAUUAUUGGGGAUCUAUGCCCAACAUGUUAUAGUUUUCUGCAUACACCGAGACAUGGAUCAAUCAGUGGGGGCGUUGGUCUCUUAUUCAAGGAAAGUCUUAAUAUUAAGCGUAAUGUACAGGAGGUAUUUAGGUCAUUUGAAUACCUUGACAGUUCUUUUUUGAACUUUCUACAUAUUAGAAUUAUUGUUGUAUAUCGGCCGCCUCCUUCAUCGGCUAACUCAUUGACAUCUACUCUAUUCUUUGAAGAGUUCUCAUCCUUUUUGGAAGGAAUUAUUGUAUCACCCGGGCAACUCUUGAUAGCUGGAGAUUUCAAUUUUCAUCUGGACAAUCCUAAUGACCCUCUUACCAAACGGUUCGUGGAUCUUCUCGCUUCCUUUGAUUUGAAGCAGUACAUUUCUGGAUCAACACAUGCAAGUGGUCACACACUGGAUUUAAUUAUAACGCGAUCUGAAGAAAACAUUGUUAACCAUUACAACAUCUUCGAUCCUCUGAUUUCUGAUCAUUCAGUUGUGCAUUUACAACUAUUGAUUAGGAAACCGAAGUUUGUGAAGAAACAUUUGCUUCUUCGUAAUUUGCGGGCGGUUAAUAUUCAUAAAUUCAAAACGGAUGUACUAAAUUCUUUUCUUCUUAAGAAUUUUACGACUAUGGAUCUGGUAUCAUUGGUGAAUGAGUAUGAUUGUCUUCAUACUAUCUUAGAUAACCAUGCACCGAUUAAAUCCCGGGAAAUGACAUUGCGCCCUAAGGCACCCUGGUAUACUAACGAAAUCAAUGAUAAGAAACGAAUUCGGAGACAACUUGAGAGAAAAUGGCAUAAAACAAGGACGAAUGCUGAUUGGAAUCGCUAUAAACAACAAUGUUAUGCUGUAAAUAAACUUAGCGACUCCUCAAAAUCGGCUUACUAUACCGACUUAAUUAAUAAUGGAUCAUCUGAUCAAAAAACCCUUUUGAAGACUGUAAGCAAUUUGCUGCAUACAAAUACGAUUAUUCGCUAUCCAUCUUCUCCUGACCCAAUGUCACUUGCCAACUCAUUUAGUGAUUUCUUCACUCAGAAAAUUGUUAAAAUACGAGGUGAUAUCGAAGAUGAACUCUUGAGUAAAAACAUAGAAAAUCCUAUACCUGAUGCUGAUUCAUGUCCUUAUGAAUUUCACACCUUCAGGGAGGUUGGAAAAGACGAAGUGCUCCAUUUAAUCCAAUGUAUCGCAACUAAAUCCUGUUCUCUGGAUCCACUCCCGGUGGUCAUGCUAAAUCACUGUUUUAAAGACAUCUUACCCGUUGUAGCUAGAAUAAUCAACCUCUCCUUGGAAAGUGGUACAAUGCCUGACUCUUUGAAGAUUGCUGUUGUUCAACCGCUAUUAAAAAAGUACAAUCUUUCCUAUGAAGAAUUCUGCAGUUUUCGUCCAAUAUCAAAUCUGAAAUUUGUCUCGAAAUCUAUUGAGAAAGCAGUUGCUGUACAAUUAACUGAUUAUCUUACUGAAAAUCAUCUACAUGAGAAAUUCCAGUCUGCUUAUAAACCUUGUCAUAGUACUGAAACAGCGCUAUUGAGGGUUCAAAAUGAUAUCCUUCAAGCUCUAGAUAACGGUGAUUCUGUUAUUCUUGUCCUACUGGAUCUGUUGGCGGCUUUUGACACCGUGGAUCAUUUAAUGUUAUUAACAAGACUAUCGAAACGCUUUGGCAUAAGGGGUCGUGUGUUGGAUUGGCUUACCUCAUACCUUACAUCCAGGAAACUGUUUAUUCGUGUUGAGGGAACUGAUUCGUUAUUGAGUGAUCUUGAUUGUGGUGUACCUCAGGGAUCUGUGUUGGGCCCUCUGUUGUAUUCACUCUAUACUGCCCCUCUCGCGGAUGUGGCUAGGCGCCACAAUCUGCGCUUUCACUUUUUUUCUGAUGAUGGGCAACUUUACAUUGCAUUCAAAACAAAUGAUCGUGAUGAUUUAAUAUCAUCUAAGAUCCGUAUGGAGAAAUUUAUACUUGAAUUGGGAAACUGGUUGAUGUUGAAUAAAUUGAAACUAAAUAGUGGCAAAACGGAGCUUAUAUUAGUCCAUUCACGCUAUCAUCUGAUGCCUCCCUUAAAUUAUAUCAUGGUGGGAAAGGAAAAAAUUGUGCCAACUGUUUCAGCAAGAAAUCUGGGGGUGAUUUUUGAUGAGUGGAUCAGAUUGGGCGAACAUAUUAAUGGUAUCUGCAAGUCGGCUUACUACCAUAUUAGGAAUAUUUCAAGAAUUAAGAAGUAUCUAUCUCGAAAUUGCUUAGAAAUAAUUAUUCAUGCAUUUAUAACUUCAAGAUUGGAUUAUUGUAACUCCCUGUUGUAUGGUGUACCCAAAUAUUUGCUUCAGAAGCUUCAGAGAGUCCAAAAUACUGCAGCUCGUUUACUAACUGAUACUAAGAAAUCGGCGCAUAUCACCCCAGUUCUUAUCGAAUUGCAUUGGUUACCUGUCCAAUACCGUAUUAAAUUCAAGAUUAUACUUCUUGUCUACAAAGCUGUUAAUGAUCUUGCUCCAUCGUAUCUGAAGGAACUUAUGCUGUGUCGGACUUCGCAGCGUACUCUUCGAUCAAAUGGAAAUGAAUUGCUCCAGAUUCCUUAUUCUAGACUAAAGACAUACGGAGACAGAUCGUUCUGUGUUGCUGGACCAAGAUUGUGGAAUGAAUUACCUGUUCAUCUUCGGAUGUGUGAAUCAUUAACCAUUUUUAAGAAGUUUCUUAAAACAUAUCUUUUUAACUUGUUUUUAAAUAGUGUAUGAUGUAUUCUAUAGUUUUAACAUUCUUAACACUAGUUUUAAGAUUGGAUUUUGUAUUACUGUAAAGCGCCUAGAACAGUCUUGGUUUGUGCGCUAUAUAAAUGUUUAUUAUUAUUAUUAUUAUUAUUGGUGUGAUCAUCAAGGCUAGUCAACCAGGAAAGUGGGGUUUGAUUUUGGAUUUGUUGUUGCCACAUGGGCAUAGUGUUAAUGAUGGUAUUGACCCCAACCAAUUCCCUCUGCAGUAUAUAAAAUUCGAUGAAGUUGUUGCCAUGGUCACCAAAUUGGGCUGGGGUGCACUCAUGGUAAAGUUUGAUGUUCAAAGCACAUGUAACAUAGUUGUACUGCUGUCUCAACAUCAUUUGCUUAGCAUAAAAUGGUGGGGAAAACUGAACAGAAGGGCAAGGUCUUUUUUAAUUUUCAAUUCCAUUGCAGAUGCGAUAGAAUAACUACACAACCCAGACUUUAUGCACUACUUCAAUGACUACAUUAGAGAUGGUCCACCUCAUCUUCCUCAAUAUGUGCAUAUCUGGUGAUGGGUUAUUAUUUAAUGGUGUAUAAAACUCUUUGUACACAAAUUAUAUACCUGACUUUGUUAUAUCUUCUAAUCCUCGCUGACUAUAAACCCUUUUCUAUUGCGCUACAUACAUAUGUUUUUUAUCAAUCAACACGUAAAUGUCAUUCAUGAUCAAUGUCUGGUAAAAGCUAAUUUCUAUUUUAAGUCCUAACAUACUAACAUAUUCAUCCUCUUGAAACAAGUGUCAUCCCAUGACACUUACUCUAAUGUCUAUUGUUACAGGAGAUUCCAUGCUAUGUCACGGUACAUCAGAGGAAUGUUGCCUAUACUGCUAUCACAAUACUCAACAAGUCUCUAACUGGAUCCUAAUUUCAAUACUAUCUCACAUAAUAAUACGCUGAUGAUAGAUAGUCUUUAUAUUAAAAAACACUUUGCAGUUUACAGAACUGAAUUGCAUGUUGCUAAAAUUAUAAAAAUUGGCUAAAAAUAUAUAUACAUAUGCAUAGAAAUAAUUGUCAAAAAUGUAGCUAAAAUUUUGAAUACAAGCUGGGAUAAACGUAUUUAAAAAUCUAUUCGUCUUAACCUUUGGAAGUUGGAAAACGCGGCGAUUUCUAAGAUUAUAUUCUGUGGAACAUCUCUCUGGCAGAAGAGGUGAAAGCUUGCGCUGAGGAUCAUUGGUGGCUCGGUGGAACAACUUUCAACAAGCGUCCUGAUGAUGAUCUCUAA